AUGGACCAACAUGACGACUUCGACAAUGUUUCCUGGAAACAUGAUGUCGACAGCGAUGUCUCCCGACCGACAACCUCAGGCACAGAUGUGGAGGAGUCACAUAGAUAUGAUCAUGACGCCAAUGGCAAGCGGAGAAUGAGCUCAGCCCACGAGGAACCCCAGGCUGGUCCACUGGCCGACGCUGUCGACUUGGCAGGUAUCGGCGACGGUGUGCUCGAGUGCCGAGUCGACUCGCCCUUGAAAGAAAAUGACGGCACAAAGGACGCUUAUAUCUCAUACCUGGUCACAUCAAAUACCGACUUUAAGGCCUUCCAAAAGCCCGAAUUUUAUGUUCGGCGACGAUUUACAGAUUUCUAUUUCUUGUACAAAACUCUCUACCGUGAAUACCCAGCAUGCGCGGUCCCGCCGUUGCCGGACAAGCACAAGAUGGAGUAUGUGCGAGGCGACCGGUUCGGCUCGGAGUUCACGACACGGCGAGCAUGGUCAUUGCAUCGGUUUUUGAAACGGCUGACAUUGCACCCCGUUCUUCGUCGCGCACCUUUGCUUACUAUUUUCCUGGAGUCCUCGGACUGGAAUGCACAUAUGCGACUACACUCUACCCGCGGGUCAACAACUGCCUCGUCGGAGAACGCCCCAACCAAGAUUUUUGAUAACUUUACCGAUACAUUCGUCAACGCCUUCACCAAGGUCCACAAGCCCGAUCGCCGGUUUAUCGAGGUGAAGGAGAUGGCAGAUAAGCUAGACGAGGAUCUAUCGCAUGUGGAGAAGACCGUGGCGCGGGUCGCACGGCGUGAAUCCGACCUUGAGACGGACUAUACCGAACUUGCGUCACAGUUCCGCAAAUUGGUUCCUCUUGAGCCUGCGGUGGAGAUGCCCUUGCAGGUGUUCGCUGCAUCGGUAGAGGAGACUGCGCGUGGGGUACGGGGUUUGAAAGAUCAUACCGAUCAGAACUACUUGGGUUCCCUGCGGGACAUGGAGGCAUACAUUCUUUCGGUCAAGUCGCUCUUGAAGACCCGUGAACAGAAGCAGCUUGAUUUCGAGGCUUUGGUUGAUUACCGCAACAAGGCCGUUGCUGAGCGAGACUCAUUAGCUGCCAACCCGGCUGCUUAUUAUGCGUCCAACCCCCUGACUUCUUCCCCUGCCUCUUUCAUCCGCUCCAAGAUGGAGGAUAUGCGCGGAGUUGACCACGAGCAAUCUCGCCGCGAGCGUGUCCGCAAGCUCGAGCUACGCAUCGAUGAGCUCACGCGGGAGGUUGAAUCAGCAAAGACUACGUCUGAAAUGUUUGACGAGGAGGUCGUCCGCGAAGUGGCAGAUUUCGAGCGCAUCAAGGCUGUCGAGUUUCGGGAUUCCCUUGGGUCUUUCACGGAGUCCCACAUCAAUUUCUACCAGGGUGUCCUGUCAACCUGGGAACGCUUUAUUGCAGAAAUGGAAGGCGAUGCGGAACUCGGCCAUGACGCUGAAUCGGCUACUUUGGGCGCACGGUAA